GGUCGCUGAGCUGGGCUGGAGGAAGCGGGGGCUGCAGUGGAGGACCGCUUGUGUGGGGGUUUUGAGGAUGGUGGGGAUGAGGAGGUGGAGGUGGAGGAAAAGCGAGCAGCACUGGUGAGAGAGGAAGCUACGAGAGUCCAUGCAGGUGGAGCACGAGCUGGUUGGCUGGGGAGGAGCGAACGGUGUUGCUGGAGAUGCAUUGGCGAUGGCCGCUCGUGUUUCGCUGUGAACCACGUCGACACACACCGUCUCCGAGCGACACCACACACAUCCAUCAGGCAAAGCAUCGUUUGGCUACGCAACCCAAGCAAAGAGCGCGAGAAGAUCAGGUUCAUUGAAAAUGUUUCCCACCACUAAAGUCUCGUCCUUUCAAGUCGGAAAUUGCACGAUUCAGGCUGUAACCAUGCGGUUUGGUGAUCGUUUCGUCGUGCUGCUGUCCACGACCGGAAAGGUUGGGCAGAUGUUCUCAAUCGCGCACCAACGCAGCAUGGUGCGGCCGGUGGUGCGUGACCUGCUGCCUAUGAGCGAUUUAGACGUCAAAUGUGUUCUCGGCAACAGCCAGGGUCCAAAGUUCAUGUGGAGUCAGCUCCUGGCCAGUCAGAUUGCAUCGCUUCUCGUCCACCAGCAGGCCGACUCGCCUGCUCCCGUGACCCGCUUCCUGGUGGGCCUCCAUCUUCCCUGGAGCUCUGACGAUGACGCCAACGGGGACCUUGUCCGUGCGGUCUUGGAAAAGGUCGCCGAACAGUGCUGAGGCCGAGACUUGUCGGUGUUUUAGGGGUGGCCGAAGGUGACCGGGCAUGAUCGCCGUUUCUCCGUGUCCCGAGCCUGUGUUGAGAUCAACCCCCGAAUGGCGACGAUCUGCGACAUUCACGACGUUGGGUGAACAGGUGGAGGCAAAUUGAUCCACUCGCCCCUUCUAGCCGCGUCUGUUGGCGUUCCCUUGUUUCCCUCCGCUCCCUCUCCCUCCCCCCCUCCUGUCGUCGCUGUCUCUCCCACCGGCCGGGCCUCGGCGACCUUUCGGUCAUUUUCGGCGACCUUUACGACUUCCCUCCGCUGUCUUCGGUCAAGUCGACUCCACGCACCCUCCCUC